ACGGACUGUGCUCAUAUUGCAAACUGGAUUUACCGAAAUGUCCCUGGUGCAGCUGAACGAAUUAUCAAUUGGCUAAACUGUGCUACAUAUGCACAUGCUUGCACUAUCGUAGUUUCGAAGCGCAAGAAAAACUUACUCCAGGAGCCAGCCGAAAAUAUCCUCAUUGAAUGUCGCUCGUCAGGACCUGGCAUGGACUCAGUUCCUACUCCGGAAGAGCGAGAAAACGCGAUUCUCCAGGCUGCCUGGCUUGACCUCCAACUCAGCUAUGAUCUGACCUCGAUGGACAUAGACGUCGACUUGGAGUGUCUUGGCAUACUGGAACAGCGGAUGUUCGAGCUCUCGUUGGCUGCAGGAGCUGCAGGAAAUGAACAAUGGGGCAAAGAUGCUGGUGCACACCAAGAGCGAUGGAAUCCCUAUGAGGGCCUCCCUGAGCACUGGAAUCAUGGCGACCGAGAUUCAUACGCACCGGAAUUUGAAGGAGAAGUAGACGUGCGUCAUCAUCGCUUUUCAUCGCGGAUCAGUCUGACAUGGUUCGACAAAAAAACCAAACCGCGGCCACGACCAAGGAAGAUACACAAGGCUUCAUAGGCUGGGGCCUCGUAG